AUGUCUGCAUUCGUUUUCAUCAAUUCCCUGGGGAAGAAUGCCCCUACGAUUAUAGCAAUUGCCGCGCUGGCGACCAUCGUCACCAUCGCCCAGUUCAUCUGGAAAAGGCGCUCCCAUCCUCUCCGUGCAAUUCCAGGACCUUGGAUCAACAGCUUCUCCGAGAUUCCUGCUGCGUUGGCUCUGGUCAAGGGCGAUCAGCACAUCUACUACAAAUCUCUGCAUGAGAAAUAUGGCCGCGUGGUUCGCGUCUCGCCCAACGAGCUCAGUUUCCUUAGCACCGAAGCGCGGCAGGAGAUAUAUGGCUUGCGCAAAGGUGGACUGAACAUGGAAAAAAGCCCCAUCUUUCUGGGGGCGGUCGGCGCGGUGGGCGGAGAGACGGGCGUGAGCCUUGCCCUGAACGCAGAUCACACUCGACAGCGGCGAGCUCUGGGGUACCUCUUUACAAACAGUGCGCUGCUCAGGUUCGAGGCGUUGAUGAAGCUGCAGGUGCAAAAGUUCAUCGCGGUCAUGGAGGAAAACGCGCUGAAAAGGCAGCCUGUGAAUGUUGCCAACUGGUUUACCUAUCUCGCAUUCGACAUCAUGGGGGAUCUUUGCUUCGCGGAACCGUUUGGGUGUCUGGAUCAGGCCGCCAACACUGAGUGGUCCACCUCGGUCAUCAACGUGUUUGUGUCAGCAACCUGGACACAAGGGAUCCGCCGGCUCUCUGGAACAGGCACCUGGCUGGAAUCUCUCAUGACACGAUUGCUCGUGCCGGCCAAAGCGGCCGAGUGGAGAAAGACUCAUCUCAACAACUCGCGCGAGAGGACGCUGCGUCGGCUCGCGUCCUCGGAGCAGGACCACGCCGACUUCAUCUACCACAUCCUCAACAGCGAGGGCAAAAGCUCCCUGAGCCGCAACGAGGUCAUACUCAACGUGGCCCUCAUGAUCAGCGCCGGCACCGACACGACGGCGACGGCCCUCACCGGCUGGACUUAUUUCGUCUGCACGCACCCAGAGGUCUACCAGAGGCUGAUCACCGAAGUGAGGGCUGGUCUGCCGACAGAAGACCACAUCAAAUGGGAAAAUGUCCGCAAGCUGAGGUACCUGGAAGCAACCAUCCACGAAGCCCUGAGGCUCUACCCGCCUUCGCCCGCGAGCCAGCAGCGCGUCGUCCCCAGGGGCGGCGCGACCAUCGACGGGUAUUUCGUGCCUGAAGGGACCACGGUCGCCGUCCCGCCGUGGGUGUCGACGCACUCAGCCAUGCACUUCCACGAGCCCGAGGCGUUCAGGCCCGAGAGGUGGUUGGGCGAGGAUGAGAGGUAUGCCAAGGACGACUUCAACGCCUCGCUGCCUUUCGGGACCGGGCCUCGCGUCUGCAUCGGGAAGAACCUGGCCUACAUGGAGAUGCAGCUCAUCACGGCGACUUUGCUCUGGAACUACGACAUCGAGCUGGACAGGGAAAAGUAUCUGGGCGUCAACUCGGUCUGGGGCUUGGAUGGAAACAUGAAGCGCAUGAAGGUCUUUCACUCCAUGACCAAGCCGGAUCUCUGGGUCAAGCUGACCAAGGUCCGGCCAUGA